AUGAGACAUUUCAAUGUAAUGAUAAUUGGUUCUCACGAAUCAGGUAAAUCAACUAUAGUCAACACAUUUAAAGAAGGGUUUUUUUUAUGGGACUAUAAUCCAACAGAAGAUACAAAUAUAGUUUCAAAAAAUUAUUUGCAAUAUCAAUUUAAUAUUUUCGAUAUGGCAAUAGAUUCAUUAAAUAAAAAGAUAAAUUUAUUGGCCUUUGAACAUUGUCAAAUGUUUAUUAUAACGUUUUCAUUACAUGUAGAAAAGACAAGACCCUAUGUUAAAUUUUAUUUUGAACUAAUAAAAAAGAUUAGAAAAGAUUUUGCAGAUAUACCUAUUGUUAUUGUGGGAACAAUGAAGGAUCUGUAUUGUACAAGUAGCGAACAAGAAAUUAAAGAUUUAUUAAAUGAUUUAGGUAAAAAAAAUAUACAAUUCCUGACAACAUCUGCAAGAUCAAUUGAAUCGAUAGAAUUGGUUUUUAACAAUUUAUUAUAUCAAAUGUAUUGUAUAGAGAAUUUCAAUAGCAUCAAUAAUAUAUUAAAUAAUUUCAGCAAUAAUCAAUUAAAUCAGAGUAAUAAUCUGAAUCCAUCUUUAAAUUUAUCACAAACAAAUAAUAUAAUAAACAAUAUAAAUAAAGAAUUAUAUAACAGCAUUAACAAUAAUUAUAAUAAUAGUAUCAAUAACAGUAUAACUUAUAGCAAUAGUAACAAUGCAAUAUACAGCAAUGGCAAUAGUUCAUGUAUAAAUAGUAAUUACAAUAUCAAUAGUAACCAUAACUUUAAAGAAAGAGAAAAGGAGAAAGAAAAGGAUAACAAUAAAGAAAACUUAAAAGAAAAUAUAAAUAUUGAAAAACAUUCAAAUACCAGUAAUCACCAAAAACACUAUUCACCAGACACAAAGAAAUCCCUAUCAUCCCUAUCUCUAAAUUCUGCAACCACUACAACAACAAUUGUUACCACUACAACAACAACAACAACCAUUACAAAACAAAAAAGGAUACAGUGGAAUGAUGUUCAUUCAAAAUUAAAUAGGUUAUAUUCAAUUAAAUAA